UCUGAUACUCUCUCUUUCCUUCCCCAUCCCACCACCCGGGGGAAUAAUCCCGAGCAUUAAUCAACGCAGCGCUGCAUUGAUAGCUUCUUUGCUUCUCUUCUCUUCCCACUCCGCUAUCCUUCUCUUCCAUUCUGUCUGACAAUCAGACGCCAUGUUCCCUCUGCACCUCCUCUCUCUGCUCUUCAUCGCCGCCCAGAGACCCCGGGGGAAGGAGAAGGGGCGAGCGAGCGUGCAGAGGUCUGAGGAGGAGACGGAGUGCGACCUGCUCUUUCAGAGGGGAGACCUACUCGAGGUGCCUCGAACCCUCUUCACACACUUUGGGAUCUACCUGGGAGGGGGAUAUGUGGCUCACCUCAUCCCAGAUAUCCUGCCAAUGUUCUCUAAGGACCAGGGGAAGAUUGGGCAGAUGGUCACCAACGGUCGACUCAUACUGGGAGUUCUGGUUAAGUGUGCCAGUGUGAGGGUGGACUCUAUAGAGGACUUUGCCUACGGAUCCCAGAUCCUGGUGAACCGGAGGGACAAGGUGUGCAGCCGUCCGCCAUUAGGGGGAGAGGAGGUGGCGCGGCGCGCAGAGAAGCUACGCGGCUCAGUGCGCUACAGCCUGCUGUGGUACAACUGUGAGCACUAUGUGAUGUACUGUCGCUACGGCACCCUGGUCAGCUUCCAGACUUUUCAGUUCUGUAAAACGGUGCGGAAGAUGUUGCUUAGUCGCCGCGUUGCCAAGGUGACCGCUUUGUUGUGGGCUAGUCUACUGCUCUACUUCAGGACGGUGUCCGCAUGCGCUGUCCCGCCGGCCAUCACCAUGCCUUUCAUCAUCUGGAUGGCCUCCUAGAAAACCCACUAACACGCACACGCUGAAACAAAUGAAGUAAAAUGAAAGUUUCAGGAUACAUCUUUAAUAGUGAUUUAUACAGUUUUAAAAAAUAUUAUUGAUUUUCCUAUUUUCUAUCUUAUUUAAUGGAUUAACUGGUUAUUGUAAACGAUGUUAACUUCUGACUACUUUUUGACAUAUUAUUGCUAUUAGUACAAUUCAAUGUAUUGCAUUGUACUACUAGCAAUAAUAUGUCAAAAAGUUGUACAAUUCAAAGGAUUUAAUUGUACUAUGAGAGUUUUUAAUUGAAGCUGUUUCGCACGUAAACUACAGCAAGCAUCCCGCCUUAAACCUUUAAAUAAAGCCCGCUGAUUGGCCGAAUUGCCACCAGUUCAACUAGGUAUGAAGCACGUGAGAAGAUCCCGACACGUAGCUGUCAAUCACCACAGCAUCCUCGUCGACCGGAAGUUGAUUGGUGUUUUGCUUAUAUCUUUGCUUGCAUUAGUUUUUUAAUGAAUGAGCACGCAGAGGCUCAACGUCUAAACGUCUGACUCCGCCUCCGCAGAUCGAGGAGUGGGCUAAAGUUGUGGGCGCCACCUACGGACAGUAGCGUAAAACCCACAUGGUAGAAUGUAGAAUAACUAACGUUAUCUAUAUUUUAUACAAGUUAGUUCCGACAAAGUAUUUUCAUUGGACAAGAGGCAUUCCAUGCGUGCUGACUUCGCUGUUUAUGUUCUAGCUAGCUAAUGUGUGCAUGUGUUGCUUGGAAACAGUUCAGUCCCAGUCCAGUUGCGGAUCUAUUUGUUGGCGGAGCCAAAUAAAUCAUUAAAGAGCCCAUGCCAUUAAAAUCACAUUUUUCCUAUUGUUUGUUAAAUAACAUAGGUCUGAAUAAGUUUGUGAGCUGUGGUAAGUUUGAAAUCUAUGCAGUUUGUCUGCUGAAUGCAAUAGGCAAUGAAAGGAAAAAGGCAGAAGAAAUGAGCUGAUCUGGAUAAGGUGACACUGUGACGUAGCGUUGUCAAAUUAUUAUUCAUGGCCCUGCCCACUUGGUUGGUUCGUAACCACCCACAAGAAUUCUG